AUGGUAGUUAAAGAAACUCUAAGGUUGCAUCCAGGAGGUCCAUUUAUUACACGAGAAAGCAACAGAGACAGGAAAAUUGAUGGAUCCGACAUAUACCCCGAAACAAAGGUUCUAAUAAAUGCAUGGGCGAUUGGAAGAAAUCCAAAAUAUUGGAAAAAUCCAUUAGAAUUCUCUCCAGAGAGGUUCAAGGAUAGCUCCAUCGAUUUUGUCGGUACCCAGAAUUUUGACUACUUACCUUUCAGGGGUGGUCGAAGGGUUUGCCCUGCAAUUAAUAUGGGAAUUGUGUUAACGGAGCUCAUCCUCGCAAAUGUAUUGUACACUUUUGAUUGGGGUUUGCCUAAAGGAUCCAAGUUGGCAGACCUAAACAUGAAGGAAUCACCAGGGAGUAAAUAUCCUCUUCAACUCCAACCCAUCAAGCAUAUUUAUGGUUAG